GCCAGUACUUUCAGGUCCAACUCGGGUGCAUGUCCUCGGCCGGAGCCUCCCUAGACGUUUGCCGCUUCUCCCGUAUUACGGCAGACUCUGAGAACAAGGGACCUACGGAGCCAAGCCUGGCGGCUGCGGAGAAUGUGAUCGCGGAAGCCGCUGCGCAAGGUGGAGACCCUGACAGCGCCGCUUGUCAGAUGGCGGCGGAGCCGUUCCCCGCAGACAAUGCGCCAAAGCCCAGAAAUGUGCCUAGCUCAGGGAAAUGCCGAGUCCUUGCCCUCAAAAAGCUGCAGAGCCAAUGAGAUAAGAUAGAAGCCAAAUUUGAUAAGGAAUUUCAGGCUUUGGAAAAAAUAUAUAAUGAUAUCUAUAGACCCUUACUCGCCAAGAUUCAUGAACUCACCGGGGAAAUGGAGGGGUGUGCAUGGACUUUAGCGGCUGAGGACCUGGAGGAGGAGGAGGAGUCGAAGGAUGAGGACCUCCACUCUGAGGUGCCUGAUGACACCGAGAAAUAA